AUGGACUCGUACCCUCCACCAUCGUCCAUGACCCUCUCCCCUCAAUCGCCGCCCGUCGGUCAACCAUCGACCGUUUUCCGGCCCCGCCGAUCCGACGACUGGCACGAGUAUCGCGAAAUCAUCGAGCAACUCUACCGCAACGACCAGCUUAAACUGCGUGAUGUGAAGCGCAUUAUGGAACGGGACUACAAGUUCUAUGCCUCAGAAAAACAGUACAAAGACCGCCUCGCCGCAUGGCAUGUCCGGAAGAACAUCAAGGCUAAAGAAGUCCACUUGAUGAUUCGCAAACAGCAGAAGCGCGCCGCCCGAGGGAAGGAAACUGCCUUUCGGGUAAAUGGGCAAAAUGUUGAUCCCAAACGCAUUGCACGCUUUCUUCGCCGCUACGGUAAUUCGUGGGACCGGGAUCGAGAUCAAGAUCGAGAUCGAGAUCUUGAGGAUCAAAGUCCCGAGCCGAAAACCCCAUCUGAUAUGACUUGCUAUACGCCUGAACCAGAGGAGAAUGCUGCUACGCCAGUCUCUCCGCCAGACAUCCAGUCACCUACGAGGGAGACAUCGACGUAUCCCCUCGGUUACGACCCUACCUCAAUCGACACCCUCCCAGAUCUCAUCAUGGACGAUGACCACCACACUUACCCACUACACAUGCACCCCAACCAGCCACGGCGAACUUACCACCCCUCAGACCCAUCAACUCAUCCAUCAGCACACACCCUGCCCCAUCCAUCAGUCAACCAUCCACUAGUCCACCCAGUACCACACCCGGUCAUCACAUCUUCCCAGAAUACCGACCACCAUCCACCCGUGGCGCUCCCACUGCCUGGAUCCUCGACGCAGCAGCAUCGGGGCGGCAUGAACGGCCCGCCGGAAAUGUUUACGCAUUCGAGUAGUUAUGCCAGCCUGGAUGCGUUUCAGAGUCGACUGGGUGAAUUGCAGAACACGCUCAACGAGUCCAUGGCGAAGUGGGCACGUGAGCAGGAUCCUAACCAGGAGAUUCCUCAUCAUGAGGGAUUGGGUCUGUGA